GUCCACGCGACAUUUCGCGGAAUUAUGUGGUGUUGACACCUAUACUUACUUAUAGAAGCCCGUAAACGGAGAAUAAACAAGCCCGCGAUUCGUUCAAUUCCAAUACAAUCGACGGAGUAAGUAACUACAACUCUGUUAUAUACCUGGUAGGUACGAGAUCUUCAGCAGAUUCUUUGUUCGUUCACCCCAUUGACACACAAUAAAGUCAAUUGAUUCACUGCAAGCCAGCCUCUGACUGCUGGGCGACAAACUGAUAUUGAUUAAUAGUGGAAUUGUACUUUCCACCAGGUAACUUCAAGUCUCGUUCUACUCUACUCUACCACCACUACACCAACCAUACAACCACCAUGGCUGCCUUAUCAGCAUCAGACGCCACUCCCCAGAGACCUCGCGUCCUCCUUCUCUCUAUCGAUUCCCAACCCUGGUUUGACGAGAUGUACUCUUAUCUCGUUGACAAACUAUUCCAACACGCCACAAUCCAGCGCGCCUCCAACUCCGACGCUGCAGUCCGCUACCUCAGCGCCAACCACCCACACGCGAUCCUCGCAACCGACCCUGGUCUCACAGAUCCCUCCAACUCGCGCGCCCUCGACAGCGUUCUAACCUACGUGCGCUCCGGCGGCGUCCUAAUCUUCUGCUGUCUCUUCUCCAGCUUCAUUAACGCACCAACCUUCAACCGCUUCAUGCGGACGAAACUCAACUUCCCCUGGGCAUUCGGCGACUAUCACCGCACAACCGUAUAUCUAAACCAGCGUGCGGUCCUUUCAUCCGCAACAAAUCGCUAUCUGGCCAAAGAGAGACUUCCGCAGUCCUACUCGCAAAAGGCGGUGCAUCUAAAAAAUGUCGAUAAUGCAGUGGCGCUGUAUCUCCCCGGGAGGGACUCAGUAGUCGAGUCGCAUGUCUUCCUUCCGGAGCCGGUUAAUAGGGAGCAGACGCCGGUGGCGUUUCAGAAUUUGGGACAAGGGUGUGUUGGGUAUAUAGGAGAUGUGAAUGGGGAGGAAGGGUCGGAUCAGGUUAUUUUGGCGAUGUGUGGGGUUUAGAGAGGGCGUGUCUCUUCUAUGGUAUUGAUGAAGUUUUGUGGCGAUGAACUGAUAUUGAUAUCUAGGAUGGAGAGAGGGUCAUGGCCGAUCUGCUAAUUCAAACUAUGCACGUGCGGGGAUUGACUGGAUGUUUAUCGAAUUCUACAUUUUAAUGAUAUCAUAUCAGAUAGACACUCUUCGUAAGGUAAUAGCAGCUCUUCUGAACAAUUUCGUUUCUAAUGCCCAAGACA